GCGAAGAAGCAUCGAGCAGAGCCAGUGGUGUUGUCGGUAUUGAGAGAGAACCUCGGCAAUGCGCACAACUCGGUCACUCUCUUCCCAGCGCGCGGCGCCAUGAGCCACGACCGCCUUGUGUACUCGGGAGACCUGUCAGCCGAAGACUUCAGAGCUGUUAAACAGAUUCGCCCCCUAUUGCGCCUGGAGUAUCUCCGAGGUCAAAAUGCGGCGAACAUCAGGCACGGUUUGACGGGAGAGGUUCUUAUGAUGGUGGUGACAGAGGCGAGUGACGGCGAGUGGAACCAAAGGCCAGGAUUGAGUUUCAGGUGUGGGCCGGAGACCGAGGCUCGAGUGUACAGCAAUGGGCUGCCAGUAGGAAUCAACAUCUCCAGCAACUACCUCGCGAUCUCCCCACCCCCAGUCCAG